CAGGUGAGAGCGACGAAAUCUCGGACUUUUCAAAGACCCAACGACCAAAUAAUUUGCUGGCCGGACGUCUCCAUUUCAUCCCCUGCAGCUUAUGUCUCGUCUGCCCGCCAACUUUGUACUUUUUUCCCUCACCACAUCAUAAGCGCCGACCAUGUUCUCUCGUGCGCUGAGGAUACCGAGGGCAGUGCCUCUGCGCGCUCGCGCAUCGGCUCCCGCUGUCGUUGGAGCUCUCAGAACUGUCACGACCAAUGCGGCCUCGGCUUCGCUGGACAAGGCGGUACCGGAGGAGGACGAUAAGCCUUUCCAAGUCACUCUGAGCGACGAGAGCUUCGAGACGUAUGAGCUCGACCCUCCCCCAUAUACCAUUGAGGUCACCAAGAGGGAGCUCCGACAGAUGUAUUAUGACAUGGUUUCGGUUCGACAAAUGGAAAUGGCCGCAGAUAGACUGUACAAGGAGAAAAAGAUUCGUGGUUUCUGUCACUUGUCCACUGGUCAAGAGGCCGUCGCCGUCGGUAUCGAGCAUGCCCUGACCAAGGAGGAUGAUAUCAUUACUGCCUAUCGAUGCCACGGUUUCGCCUUGAUGCGCGGUGCUACCGUCAGAUCCAUUGUUGGCGAGCUUCUGGGCCGUCGUGAGGGCAUCGCCUACGGCAAGGGUGGCUCUAUGCACAUGUUCUCUAAGGGCUUCUACGGUGGCAACGGUAUCGUUGGUGCCCAGGUUCCCGUCGGUGCUGGUUUGGCUUUUGCGCACAAGUAUAUGGGUCGCAAGAACGCCAGUAUUAUCCUUUACGGUGAUGGUGCUAGCAACCAGGGCCAGGUCUUUGAGGCUUUCAACAUGGCCAAGCUUUGGAAGUUGCCUGCCAUGUUUGGCUGCGAGAACAACAAGUACGGUAUGGGCACGGCUGCCAACCGAUCGUCGGCCCUGACCGACUACUACAAGCGUGGCCAGUACAUCCCCGGUCUCAAGGUCAACGGUAUGGAUGUGCUCGCCGUUAGGGCUGCCGUUAAGUACGGCAAGGAGUACACCACCGCUGGCGAGGGCGGCCCCCUAGUCCUCGAGUACGUCACCUACAGAUACGGAGGUCACUCCAUGUCCGACCCCGGUACCACGUACAGAACCCGCGAGGAGAUUCAGCGCAUGCGAUCGACCAACGACCCUAUUGCCGGACUCAAGCAGCGAUUGCUCGACUGGAGCGUCGUUUCCGAGGACGAGCUGAAGGGUAUCGACAAGGAGGCUCGUAAGCACGUCAACGAGGAGGUCGCCAUUGCUGAAGCCAUGGCUGCCCCCGAGGCGACGCACCAAAUCCUGUACGAGGAUAUCUAUGUCAAGGGUAGCGAGCCUCAGUUCAUUCGGGGACGUACUCCGGAUGAGGCUUACUACUUCAACAACUAAAUCAUGCAUGCAUAUGUCACUGUUAACCACGCAGCGCCUCAGUUUCCUACGAUAGCUAUCAAGACGGAACCUGUACUAUAGUCCAGAAGACAGGAGGGGGGGACCCAGUCUGAUAAUAGACAUUUGGCUGUUGAAAUCAA